AUGAAAAAGAAGUUCGAUAAGUAUUGGGGUAAUAUUCGGGAAGUGAACCAAGUUUUGAUUGUGGCGGUGGUGAUUGAUCCUCGGGUGAAAGAUCUCUUAAUGUGGAUGUAUGAGGCCUAUAAGAAAGAGGAACCAGCAACGGCCCAAUCUAAUGCGGAGGCUAAUGUAGAAAGUGGAGGGGAGGUAAGAGUUGAAUGCAAUGAUCCAAGACUUCAAAAAUUUGCGAGAACAAGAAAAGAUAGAGUCGUGGUUCAAAUUAAGAAUGAGGUGGACAAGUAUUUAUUAGAGGCAGCUCAAGAUCCAGAAAUAAAACACUUUGAUUUGCUAGAUUGGUGGGGAGAGAACUCUCCAAGAUUUCCAGUUAUAUUUAAGAUUGCAAGGGAUGUGUUUGCUCUCCCUAUUUCAAGUGUGCCUUCGGAAGCUGCGUUUAGUAUGGGAAAAAGGGUUGUGGAUCCUUUUAGAGCGUCUUUGACUCCUAAAAUAAUUGAGGCCCUUGUUUGCACUAAGGAUUGGCUAAGCCAAGUGGUUCUUGACUUCAACAAGCAGUCAAGUGAAGAUGAGCUUGAGUUUUAUCAAGCUUUGGAGAAAAUGGAAUCAGACAUUGCUGUUUUCACCAAAUCAAAUCGAGGAAACCGGUUAACCGAGAUGAUCGGUUUCCCACCUCAUGGUUCAGCACACAGUUUGAAUUUUCUCCAAAUCGUGAGGUACAGGUUCGACGUAUGA